GUGGGGGAGCCGCUGGCGGCUGGAUCCGGCAACUCCCUGGGAGGCGGACGCAGGCGGACCGGCCGUUGCUGGGAACCGAGCGGCGGCUGGCUGCCGGCAGUUCCCGCGGGUCCGUGAAGGAGGUCGGUGGCCGCAGCGGCGCGUCAGGUGCUGCUUUUGUUAGAUCUUGUAAGAUGACGAUUGAGCAUUGACAGUUGGACUUGGCACUUCACAGGACAUUGCUGGCAAGAUCAGUUUCAGUGGAGUGAAUGGUGGAGGUAAAAGCCAAAUUGUAGACGACUUGAGAGAUUAAAAGGCUUUAAGAAAAGUAGAAAUCACUUCUGACUCUACCGAAUAGCAAGCGUUAAGCGAUUGCCUACACUGCCAAAUCAUGGCAUUACCGUUCCGGAAGGACUUGGAGAAGUACAAGGACCUUGAUGAAGAUGAGCUCCUUGGGAAUCUGUCCGAAGUGGAACUGAAACAACUGGAAACUGUUCUGGAUGAUCUUGAUCCUGAGAAUGCCCUUCUGCCUGCAGGGUUUCGGCAGAAGAACCAGACAUCAAAGUCUGCCACGGGGCCGUUUGAUAGAGAACACCUCCUGUCAUAUCUAGAGAAGGAAGCACUGGAGCAUAAGGACAGGGAAGACUAUGUCCCCUACACUGGAGAAAAGAAAGGGAAAAUAUUCAUCCCCAAGCAGAAACCUGUACAGACUUUUGCAGAAGAAAACAUCUCUCUUGAUCCAGAACUAGAAGAAGCUUUGACAAGUGCUACUGAUACAGAAUUGUGUGACCUCGCAGCUAUUCUUGGGAUGCACAAUUUGAUAACAAAUGCACAGUUCUGUAAUGUUGUAGGAAGUAGUAAUGGUGUCGACGAGGAACAUUUUUCAAAUGUGGUAAAAGGUGAAAAGAUUCUUCCAGUAUUUGAUGAGCCACCAAAUCCAACCAAUGUUGAAGAGAGUUUAAGGAGAAUUAAAGAAAAUGAUGCUCGUCUUAUUGAAGUUAAUUUGAAUAACAUAAAGAAUAUCCCAAUUCCAACCCUAAAAGAUUUUGCAAAGGCUUUGGAAACCAACACACAUGUGCAGUGUUUCAGUCUUGCAGCCACACGGAGCAAUGACCCCGUUGCUGUUGCUUUUGCAGAAAUGCUGACGGUGAACAAAACUUUGAAGAGCUUAAAUAUGGAGUCCAACUUUAUUACAGGAACUGGCAUUCUGGCACUGAUUGAUGCUUUAAAAGAUAAUGAAACCCUGUCAGAGCUCAAGAUUGACAAUCAGAGGCAGCAGUUGGGGACAGCUGUAGAAUUGGAAAUGGCCAAGAUGCUAGAGGAAAAUACAAAUAUUCUAAAGUUUGGCUAUCAGUUUACACAGCAGGGACCCCGAACCAGGGCGGCUAAUGCUAUUACAAAAAACAAUGACUUAGUACGCAAGAGACGAGUUGAAGGAGACCAUCAGUGAGUCCACCAAGGUGUGGUCCUGGAAGACUUCAGAAGAUCACCGGGGGCUCACGUUGGUGACAGCUGAAGUAACAUUUUCCUGGGUAGAAGGGAAAAGACUGGAAAAACUUAUUUUUAAUUACAUCUUUUUUUCCUAGUUUAAGUCGUUUUCAGUUUCAAAUUGUAAAAUCAGCAGUAGGUGGUAUUUUAUAUCUUGAAACAUUUCUACUUUCUAUUAAAAUAAUUAGCCUUAAUGAUUUAUAAUGAGUCUUAGGCAAAAAAUACUUGUACAGAUGUUUCAGAAACCAUUAAUGUACAAUAACGUUUUGAGGACCAAUCUUUUUUAAAAAUCAAAAAGGGACUUUGCCGAUGUCAAUUGCUUUUGCUUUCUUUGGGCAUAAAGCUUUCUUUAUUCCAUGGCCUGGAGACUUUUCUUUUUUUUUUUUGACUACGUGAUCUUGGCAAUGGUGUGUUUUUUCCUUAUCAUGAAAAAAACACACCAGAAUUUUUGAAGACUGGUGACUCAAUCUGGUCGUCUGCGGAGGAGCCGAAUCAGAUCUCCAGGGAGAAAGCCGGGCCCUCUGUGCGUUCCCAGGAACUGCACUUGUCGCUGUGGCUUAGCACCCAGGUCUGUCUCAACGUCGUCAGCCUGUCCAGGUCACGUACCUCGCUUAAAAGGAUAGCUGUGUCUAAGUUCAUCACAGGUUUUCAUUUUAAUAAUGUGGGCAUUGUUAAAUUUUUGUGGAAGCUAACAGUAAAAAGCAUCUGAGUGCAAAAGCUGUUUUUCUUUUCCAUAAAAGGGCAUAUGACCAACUCUUAGUUAUUUAGGAUAAAAGGAAAAAAAAAGCUGCUGUUAAACACAUGAAGUCAAAGGUAACAAAUAUGAUGCAGUUUAAAUCUGAGGAGCUUGCAAAAGCGUCAUUGAAACUGCUGGUCAAUAAAUAAUAAUGGGCAUGUAUAUAAAUUACUUGAUAUUACAUAGCAUAAACAAAAGGUCUUAUAUGAACAGUGUUUAAUCUCCACUACAAAUUUUCUAACAAAUAAAGAAAAUUGAUGUUCUCCAUAAUCUGACUUUUGAUACACAUUUCCUUUUAUAUUUGUCCAGAUCGUGUGUGUAAAAGUCAUUUCUAUAGGAAGAGUGCUCCAAGUAUUAAAGUGAACAAUGGAACAGUGUGCCACUGUGGGCUAGCCCUGAGUGAGACAGGGCCCUGUAGUCAUGCCCUAGGGCCAGCCCAUGGAGCAGAGCUGGCAAAGGCAUUCAUAGCUACCAAGAGAGGGAGGGAAGGAAUCCAGUAACCCUUGCCUCGAAAUUAAGAAGAAUUUACAGGGAGGUUUAAGUCUUAAGAAAUUAACUUGCAAAGUGUCUGCUGCUUCAGCUUGGGUCAGGUAAUUUAUAUAACGAAAUGGGCAGCUGCUUGCAUGCUAUGGUAAUAAGCCUUUUUUUUUUUUUUUUUUUUUUUUGACAGAGUGGACAGUGAGAGAGAGAGACAGAGAGAGAAAGGUCUUCCUUUGCCGUUGGUUCACCCUCCAAUGGCCGCCGCUGCAGCCGGCGCACCGCGCUGAUCCGAUGGCAGGAGCCAGGAUCCAGGUGCUUUUUCCUGGUCUCCCAUGGGGUGCAGGGCCCAAGCACCUGGGCCGUCCUCCACUGCACUCCCUGGCCAUAGCAGAGAGCUGGCCUGGAAGAGGGGCAACCGGGACAGAAUCCGGCGCCCCGACCGGGACUAGAACCCGGUGUGCCGGCGCCGCAAGGUGGAGGAUUAGCCUAUUGAGCCACGGCGCCGGCCGGUAAUAAGCCUUCUUAACAGGGUAACGCUUCCCUUAUAAGGGCUGUGGUGUGUUGGUUUUGUUUUUAAAUCAAUAGCCGGUGAUUUAAAGUGGCCAGAGACUCACAUUAUACUAUUCCCCUUUAGGUCAAGGCCCCUGGUUUCUUUUCGGAUUAGCAAGGCUCACUUGCUUGUUCGCUUGCCUGCCUGCCUUCUUUCUCUCUUUCUCCCUCCCUCUCUCACCUUCCUCUCCAACUCAUCUUUCUUUUUAUAUACAACUUUUAAGUCGUACUUGGUUUUGUAGAGCCAGCACAGUUCCCACAGGUUGGGAGUCAGGUGUGGAGCGGGUAACUAAGUAAGGCUUCCAGAAAGAAUUGGUCACUUUUACUUUCAGCCAGGCCUUAUUUGAAUAUCCUGUAAGUCAGGAAAUUGAUAAAUGGGGCCCCCUUCCUCCCAUAAUUUUUAAAGUAGUAGUAGUAGUAUAAGUAAGAGGGGCCCUACCUAGAAUUUUGCAUCAUACUUAUAGGCAAUAUCUUUUUCACUUAUUAUUUAUCAAAGUAUGAAGAAGUUGCAUAUUUUGCUUGUACCAUUCCAGUUCUGUGCUAGAAUAUAGUUUGUUAUAUAAUUGAAGAAAAUAUUUCUUCAUAAGUAAGUUUAAAUAUGGACAUUGGUCUAAUUGAAUAUAGAAAAUCAAGAAUUGUAACAGAAAAAUGGUGUUUACUUUGUUCUUUAAAAAUGUGGCACCUUGGGGCCGGGGAUGAGGCAUAGUGGAUUAAGCCUCCGCCUAUGGCGCUGGCAUCCCAUACGGGCGCUGGUUCGUAUCGUGGCUGCUCCUCUUCCAAUCCAGCCCUCUGCUUAUGGCCUUGGGAAGCAGUAGAAGAUGCCUCAAGUGCUUGGAACCCUGCACCCACAUGGGAGACCCAGAAGAAGCUCCUUGCUUUGGAUCAGCCCAGCUCCAGCUGUUGCAGCCAUGUGGGGAGUGAACCAGCAGAUGGAAGACUUUUCUCUCUGUCUCUCACUCUCCCUGUCUGUAACUCUACCUCUCAAAUAAAUGAAUAAAUCUUAAAAAAAAAAAAAAAAAGAAAAGAAAAUCUGUCACCACUUAGCUUUUUAGUAAAAACUUCAAUAUUUCUAAAUUGCUCUAAGAUUUUAUAAUGCAGUAAGUUUUUUAUGAUUUUGAAAUAAUCUGGAUUUUUAAGUCAAAGAUUUAAUGAGAUUUAAGUUUUAUAAUCUAACCCAUUUAAACUUACCUGGUUAUCUAAAAAUUAUUUGCAUUUUUAAAUUGCUACUUUUAAAAAGGUUUUAAUUACCCAUUUCAUAAAAUUUUAUAUUUGUCUGGAGUUCUAAUUUUUUCCAGCAUGUGCACAUGAAAUUUUAUGUUAUAAUUUCAAUAUUAGUGGCUAAUACAAUAAUACCAAAUGCAUUUUGGUGCUAUAUACUUGCAGCUAAUGCCUCAUGGACGCCUAAAAGAACAGGUGAAAAGAAUUUUCUAAGAGUGCCUGUCAUUAAAAAGACCAAAUAAACAUUUUGUAUUAAGUAAAUUAGCAGAUAGUAAGAGAUUUCAGGAAGAAUUAUCUUGGUCAUUAAAUUAUAAAUUCUUGUUAUCUAAAUGAAAUCGUCUGCAUGAUUACUUUGUACAAGAGGCACACUCUGGAAAGACGUUUUAUGUAAAUAGAACUUUGUAAAUUGUUUUCCACUUGACCAGUUAUCUGAUGUGUUUUCAUUUAAAAGGGGAAUUCAUGAUAUAAUAAAGAUUAUAAAAAAAGUUUUGAUAAAAUAUUUGUAUUCUAUCGUAUGCUAUAUUUAACCAUUGCCACCAUUAAAAUAAGAUGAAGGAAUUAAUGGAAUUUCUUAAAAUCUUAGGUUUUCAGCUCUGUGCUCCUAGGGCUGUCUGACUUUUUGCCUGUAAAAUCAGAAACUCUUGUUACUUCCCAGCAGGUCUGAGGAUCAUGCUUCCUCUGCUGUCCUCUGCAGGAUCAGUACUGUCCAGCUUUUCCCCUUCAUUGCAGCGCUACUCAGUUUUUGAAUAGUGUUGACUGGAGACAGGGCACCCAAGAGAACGGAACACACAGUGUGUGAGAGACCUCUCCUGCUGCUGCUGUCAGAUGAGGGGUGUGAGUGCUUCUCCAUCAGUGCUCAUUGAUCAUUAAUGUUCCUAGAUACUUCUCACCCUAAGACUUGCUUACCAAGCUAAUCAAAGAGAAUCUGUGCUAAUUACUUUUAAAUUGAAGAAAAUAGUACUGAUAGGCAUGUUUUAGUUUGUUCGUUCUGAUCCCAUAUUGAUUAUCCUCUCCUAUAAUUCUGUUCCAUAAAUUGUUUUCUAUAAAAAAUCAGACAAUUUGGAAAUUUAUGUAAUAAGACACAGUGUUUUGUUAAUUUUAAACUCCAUCUUGCUAUCUGAUUAUUCAAAGUGUUCUGAGGAUUACCUUGGAAAAAAGCCAUUACUUAAUAAAGGAUUACAACCCUUUA